CCAAAGGCAGCCACUAAUUAAGAAAGCAUUUAAGCUCAGUAUCUAACUAUCUUAAAUUCUAACCAGUCUACUGAACUCCUAACAUCACAUCGGACUAAACUAUUACUUAAUAGAAGCAAUAAUGUUAAUAUAAGUAACAUGAAGACAUUCUCCAUUGCAUAAGCUUACAACAGACCGGAGCAACCCACUGACAGUUAACAGCCCAAUACUAAUAAAUGAUAUAAUAAACACCCUAUUAUUUGCACUGUUAACCCAACACAGGCAUGCUCUAAGGAAACAUUACAAAAAGGUAAGAAAGGAACUUGGCAAAUCCUACCCUGCCUGUUUACCAAAAACAUCACCUCUAGCAUUACCAGUAUCAGAGGCACGGUCUGCCCAGUGACAUAUGCUCAACGGCCGUGGUAUCCUGACCGUGCAAAGGUAGCAUCAUCACUUGUUCCCUAAAUAGGGACUUGUAUGAAUGGCCACACGAGAGUUCAGCUGUCUCUUACUUUCAACCAGUGAACUCGACCUAUCCGUGAAGAGGCGGAUAUAAACAAGUAAGACGAGAAGACCUUACGGAGCUUUAAUUCAUCAAUGCAAAUAAAAACUCCAACAAGCCUACAGGCCCUAGCCUCCUAUCCCUGCAUUAAAAAUUUUGGUUGGGGUGACCUCGGAGCAUAAUUCAAUCUCUUAACAACCUAAACUAAGACCACACUAGUCUAAGUGAGUUUUUACACACUGAGCCAAUAAUUUGAUCAACGGAAUAAGUUACCCUAGGGAUAACAGUGCAAUCCUAUUCUAGAGUCCAUAUCGACAAUAGGGUUUAUGACCUCGAUGUUGGAUCAGGACAUCCUAAUGGUGUAGCCGCUAUUAAGGGUUCAUUUGUUCAAUGAUUAAAGUCCUGUGUGAUCUGAGUUCAGACUGGGGUAAUCCAGGUCUGUUUCUACCUAUUUAACAUUCCUCUUAGUAAGAAAGGACAAGAGAAAUAGGGCCCACUUCGUAACGUGCCCUCACUCCAUAGAUGAUGCUAUCUCAAUCUAAUAAAUCAUCACAUACUCUACCCAAGAGCAGGGUUU